AUGAUCCUCUACCUGCUGUACUGGUCUUACUUGUACGCUCCUCAGUCUCAUGAUGAGUGUGAUGGUCUUGAUGGAGGUCAUGGAUGGAUAAGAUCAGUUCGUCCAAAGGAAGUCCUCUUUAUGGACAUAAAUGAUGGAUCGUCUUUAAAAAAUCUACAAGCUAUCUUGUCAUCAAACUCCAUUAAUUUGUAUGUACAUUCACAGAUGAUAGUCUCAUUCCCAGGCCCCUUUGACAAAGGAAUGAGACCAUUAGUGUUGUAUCCAUUUAAAGCCCACACUAAACACAGUCUAGACUAUACAAGACAAUAUCCUCAUAUGAGGUCUCGAACAAAUGCAUUUUCUUCUGUUCUAAGAGUUAGAAACACAGCUACAAUGGCACUUCAUGAUUACUUUCAACAAAAUGAUUUCAUUUAUCUCCACACUCCUAUCAUUACAUCCUGUGAUUGUGGAGCUGGUGACAUGUUUCAAGUACUUCCAAGCAUUGAUACAACUACUGUACAAAAUAGAGGACAUUUUUUUGACAUACCAGCUUACCUCACUGUAUCAGGACAACUUCAUGCUGAAACAGUUGCCCUGGUUAGCAUUUAUACAUUUGGUCCUACAUUUCGAGCUGAGAAGUCUCAUACCCGUCGUCAUCUCUCUGAGUUUUACAUGGCUGAGGCAGAGAUGAUUGGUCAUGAUUUAGCCAGCGAACACGAACAGUAUCUUGUUGACCACUUCCAGAACAUUCCAGUGUUUGACUCAUUUCCAUCAAAUCUCAAACCAUUUUAUACAAGAGCUAAAGAUGAGGAUGACAAAACAGCACUUGCAAUGGACCUGUUAAUGCCAAAUGUUGGAGAGGUGGUAGGUGGGACAAUCAGAGAAGAGAGACAAAAUGUUUUAGAGGAGAGAUUAAAAAAGGUUGCAUUGCUGGGUAUUAUAAACAGUUACCAAUGGUAUUUAGAUCUUAGACGUUUUGGUACUGUACCUCACGGAGGGUUUGGGUUAGGGUUUGAACGACUCCUCCAAGUUAUAUUGGGCCUAGAGAACAUACGUGAUGUCAUACCUUACCCUCGUUAUCUGGGAUCUUGUCCCAUGUAG